GAUAGACUCUUCAGUGACACAGUGAGGCAUACUUCAACAUCUGGCACUGCCUGGUAAUUGAUUCCAAAUGUGUAACAAGAAGAAAGACUAGGCUUCAAACAUUGAUGAUAGACUCUUCAGUGACACAGUGAGGCAUACUUCAACAUCUGGCACUGCCUGGUAAUUGAUUCCAAAUGUGUAACAAGAAGAAAGACUAGAUGACAGUCAUGUCCCAUUCAAAGGAUCUCAAGGAUGAUUUCCACAGUGAUACAGUACUUUCCAUUUUAAAUGAACAGCGCAUUCGGGGCAUUUUAUGUGAUGUCACUAUAAUUGUAGAAGAUACCAAAUUUAAAGCCCACAGUAAUGUUCUGGCAGCUUCAAGCCUUUAUUUCAAAAACAUUUUUUGGAGUCGUACAAUCUGUAUUUCUGGGCAUGUGUUAGAAUUAGAUGAUCUCAAGGCUGAGGUGUUCACAGAAAUACUUAAUUAUAUUUACAGUUCCACUGUAGUUGUAAAGAGACAGGAGACAGUAACAGAUCUUGCAGCUGCAGGGAAAAAACUGGGAAUAUCAUUUUUAGAAGAUCUUACAGACAUUAAUUUUUCAAGUUCCCCCUGCCCAUAUGGAUUCUGUAUUACUGAAAAGGGAUCAGUCAAAGAAGAAAAAAAUGAAAAAAGACACGAAGAUUCAGCUAUCACAAAUGGGCCAAGAAUCACAAAUGCAUUUUCAAUUUUUGAAACUGAAAACAGUAAUAAUUUGUUUUCUCCACUUGACUUGAGAGCAAAUUUUAAAAAGGUAUCUGAGCCAAUACAAGCAUCCACUGUUGGCCUUGAUAGGGAUGAUGUGUGCAAAGAAGCGGAGCCAGCCAGCACAUUAGCUGAACAUUCCUACGCAGUUUCUUCUGGGGGUGAUACUUUUCAAGGUACACCUUUUUUUGAACAUGACAGCAGUCCUGCAUAUAAAAAGGGUGAAGACAGUUAUGAAACACUUCAGACAACACCUCUAGUUCAACUGGUAAAACAGACAUGUAGUACACCAAAGAUAGCCUUUAAACCCCAGUGUACUAGUUUGGCUGUAGCAAAAGUGUCAGCCCCCACAGUAAAUGAAACAGAAGGCCAACAUGAAAUAGUUACUGAUCAAGCCACUAUUCCUUUUCCAAAAUCUCACAGUAAGACAGGAGAUUUCCUUUUUUCCAGAGAAGAGGAAAAUAAUUCUACCAAUAUCUCUGGAUCAGUAGCAACAGUUGUUCCACCUGUUUACAGCUGCAACUGUUGUACUAAAUCGUUUGAAGACAGAGCCUUACUCAGUACCCAUCUUCAGCUUCACAUGCAGCAUCAGGAACCUUUCAUAUGCAAAUAUUGCAAUCAACAAUUUGCAAAUAAAAACAGGCUAGAGAAUCAUGAACAGACCUGUGUGAGAUCAAGCAGUAUAUCUGUUCAUAAUGGGAAUGAGCAAAAUUUUUCAGAAAAUUAUACUCCUACUGAUGGAAGAAAUGGAAGGUCAUAUGCAAACACAGAGCAUUUGCUGUCCGAAAACAAUAUUACUGAUUACUCUACUGCAAGCUGCACCUUGCCAGAAACGGACCAUUUGAUAAAAGUUGUUGACGGGCAGAUAUUAUACACUUGCAUUGUGUGCAAACGUAGCUAUGUAACAUUAUCGAGCCUUCGAAGACAUGCAAAUGUGCAUUCAUGGAGAAGAACUUAUCCUUGCCAUUACUGCAACAAGGUAUUUGCAUUAGCUGAAUAUCGGACCAGACAUGAAAUCUGGCACACUGGGGAAAGGCGGUAUCAGUGUAUCUUCUGCCUUGAGACUUUUAUGACCUAUUACAUACUCAAAAACCAUCAGAAAUCUUUCCAUGCAAUUGAUCAUCGGCUUUCAGUAAAUAAGAAAACAGCUAAUGGAGGCUUAAAGCCAAGCAUGUAUCCUUACAAACUUUAUAGGCUUCUACCUAUGAAAUGCAGAAGGCUGCCUUAUAAGUCUUACCGAAAUUCUUCAUAUGAAAAUGUGCAAGCAACUAACCAGGUUAAUGAAGCUACUUCUACCACCUGCUUUAUUCAGAAUUCUCUCAGUGCUGAACUACCUCCACUGAAUUUUCAAAAUAAUAUUUUAACAAACAAUACAGCUGUCUCCUUGGAUACAUCUUCAUGCAAUGAGGCAACAUCUUCUGUCAAUACUGAGCAUGUUUCUUCUUGGGGAGUAGGAGUGUUAAAUUCUGACCUUAAAAGUGACUUUUAUGCUGUAGAAAAAUCAAUGUCCACAGGUGCAAAUGAACAUGAUUCUGGCUCUCAGGAAUGCAAUUCCUCCAUUCUGUCUUUCAGUAAUGUGAAUGAAAAUUCAACCUCUGUUAUCAACUACAGUAGUUCUGCACCCUCUGUUAUAAUGCACAGUAGCAGAGUUUCAACAGUAAUAAUGCACAGUAAUACAGUCACUUCGAUAGCAUGCAGUAAGACAGGAGCCUCAAACAAUACAGCCAGUCAGAUCAUAAAUGAUGACUAUAAACAUGGGUCAGAUAAUUAUGGCAAAAGCCUUAUUAAAGCAAAAACCAUUAAAGAUAAAAAGAAAACACUUCUGUAUAAUAGAGGAGAAACAAUAGAGGAGAUUCAGUAUAUCACAGGACCUGGAGGUUCAUCUAAUAAGACUACAAAUAUUGUUCAAGAAUCUAGUAAAACUGAAACCUACAUUGCAAAACCCGCCUUACCUGGAACAUCUGCACAUAGUAACGUUGCUCCUCUUUGUCAGAUAACAGUAAAAAUUGGGAAUGAGGCUAUUGUAAAAAGGCAUAUUUUAGGUUCAAAACUGUUUUGUAAGAGAGGCAGAAGAUCUAAACAUGAGUCUAAACAAGACAAUCUGCUUCAGGAGACUGAAACGGAGAGAAAAGAACAAAGCCCACCUAGACUCUUCAGUCCAGAAUGCAUGGAACUGACUGAACUGUGUGAUGAUGUAAGUGAUCAAGAUUCCAGUGACAAACCCUGGAGACCUUAUUACAAUUACAAACCAAAAAAGAAAUCUAAACAGCUAAGAAAAAUGAAAAAAGCCAAAUGGAGAAAAAAGCAUGAAAACAAGACCUCCAGUAUUGAAAGUCAAAAUACAUGUGAUAGAGAGUAUAGACUUAGGAGCAUUACUGAAGAAAAAGGCAUCAGCCAAGAAGAAAGUGCAGAAAUGCCCAAUCUUCACUGUGAGCUCUGUGAAAGAGAGAAAUCUUCCACUGAAGAAAGCCAGGAACAUGUACAUUUGCAAGUAACUACUUCAAAGCCUUAUAUUUGUGAAUUAUGCCAAAAGCCAUUCCAGAGCCCAUCCACACUAAAAAUGCACAUGAGAUGUCAUACUGGGGAAAAGCCCUAUACUUGCAAAACAUGUGGGAAGUGUUUCUCAGUUCCUGGAAACUUGCAGAAACAUGAACGUAUUCACCUGGGUGUUAAGGAUUUUGUCUGUCAAUACUGCAGCAAAGCAUUCACUUUAAAUGAAACGCUCAAAAUACACGAAAGGAUUCAUACCGGAGAAAAACGCUAUCAUUGUCAGUUUUGCCUACAGAGCUUUCUGUAUCUUUCUACCAAAAGGAAUCAUGAGCAGAGACAUGCACGUGAACAUAAUGGAAAAGGAUAUGCUUGUUUUCAGUGCCCCAAAAUUUGCAAGACAGCAGCUGCUCUGGGGAUGCACCAAAAGAAACACCUCUUCAAAAGCCCAACUCAACAGGAUAGAAAAGAGUAUUUAUGUAAUGACAGCUCUAAACCUUUGGAGAAACAGAAUUUCAUAGAAGCAGAUGGGAACGAAGUGAUUUCUAUACAGAAUGUGUCUCCAAAAGUCAUACUCUGAGUGACAGUUCAAAAAAAAAGGGGGGGGGGAUCAUAAAUAUAUUGAGAGACAGAGACUUAGGUACUGAAUGGGGAAAAAAAUUCAAACUUGUGCAAAUUGUAAAAAUGAAGGUGAUGUAUCUUCAUCCAAAUGGUUCAUCUAUUAGUAUAUGCAAAAAAAAAAAAAAAAGGAAAAAAAAAAGCUUAACAACAAA